CUGGGAAGGAUAGCGGGCGGCGGUAGAUGAGAGAGAAAAGUUCCUUGGUGGAGGAUCGCCUGUUGUUACGAAGACGGCGGACGAGGAGGUGGUGGUGUGGUGGUGGUGAUGAUGGCGGUGGCAGUGUUGUGGUGACAAUGGUGUUGACGUGCUGAAGCGAGGUGCUCGUGUGGCUUGUGGCGAUGACGUGGGCGUGUGAGUGUGGGGUUGAUGUGACGCCAGUCGCUCUUCCCUGAUUAUUAUGUGAUGGUACAAGCAACUGUAGAAAAUAAUACAUACCCCUGGAGGGAAGUGUGCCACCAAGAGCUUAUAAAUAAGUGAACUCCCCGCACCCUCCCCCCACCUACUUUACACCCCCAGAGGAGCAGGAACAUGCCCGAAACGAAACGAAAACUUUCAACUCCAUUUUGAAACUAAUCGCUCAGCCAUAUAACCUUUCAGUACAGCUAGGCGCAGCUCGCAGGGACGUGAUGACGCGCUGAGGGAUAACAGAGAAAGCAAACAAAACACUUAUACGUAUCAGCAAACAAGCGACUCUCUCAAGCUGAUCGAUAAUGAGUUAAAAAGGAGGAACGGUAGAAGAUCGAUUAAAAAAUACCAAUAGACGACCUUGGUAGUUGCUCCUCUCCUAAAACACAGAGAGAGAGAGAGAGAGAGAGAGAGAGAGAGAGAGAGAGAGAAAGAGAGGGUGAGGGGCAGGUAAGAAGACAGAGAGCGUCUUGGCAGUGCAGCAGAUGGAGGAGAGGAGGACGCAAACACCACAGCGACGCGCGAGACCGAAAAGUCGUCAUCAUUAAUGGAGGAGGCGGGUGGAGGCGGCGUCCCCCAGUAACAUGUCGGGCCUGUUAAGCAUCGGGUCCCGAGCGGCCAGUGUGCGUCGCCAGCGUCGUCACCUCGCGUCCACCUCCGCCCACACCUCCCCGACGCACUCCCACAGGUCGUCCCUCACCCAUCUGUCCCCCGGCGAGUUCCACCGUCCCUCUACCCACAGCGCCCCAGUCAGCCCUACCCACACGCCUGUCUCCCCUAAGUCACCCCCGUGCCAUAAGCGCCCCACCAACCUUAACCUCCUCGCGCCCCCUAGUGAAACACCUCAGCAAGGGGCGAAGAGCGCACCCGUCACGCCCCACUAUCGCUCCAGGUCGCGCAGUGAGUCAACAAAGGCAGCGAGGUCAAGUGGCGGGUCACCUUCAUUUGCGAGGCCCAGAGGUGGAUCAUCUGUUUUCGCUGCACGGUCAGAAAAUGAGUCACCUACUUUGAUAAGGACAAGGAGCAGGUCGAGAAGUGGGUCACCGCCGCUCGUCAGUGUGCAGACUGGUUCACCUACGUUCGUGAGGUCAGAGGACGGCUCAUCUGAGUUCGUAAGGUCACAUGACGAAUCGCCUACGUUUGUAAGAUCAAGGAGUGGAUCACCUACGUUCGUAAGGUCACAAAUUGGAUCACCUACGUUCGUAAGGUCACAAACUGGAUCACCUACGUUCGUAAGGUCACAAACUGGAUCACCUACGUUCGUAAGGUCACAAACUGGAUCACCUACGUUCGUAAGGUCACAAACUGGAUCACCGACGUUCGUAAGGUCACAAACUGGAUCACCUACGUUCAUAAGGUCACAAACUGGAUCACCUACAUUCGUAAGAUCGAGAAGUGGAUCGCCUACGUUCGCGAGGUCACACAGCGGGUCAUUCAGACGCUCCCGGUCCAUCAGCAGGUCACGCACGCCCAUCAUCAGCAAGUCGUGCACACCGUCCCCGUCUGAGGCGCAGGACGGGUCGUUCAGCCCCUCACCGCCCUACCACACGUCGCCGCGCGCCUCCCUCACCUCCUUCACCAGAUCGUCACCGUCGCCGUCUCCUUCAUUCAGGGAGUCGCCCACUCGUCACCCAUUCUACCUCAGAGGAACCCGCGCCACCUCUUGGUCCUUCAGGGGUUCCUCCGCCACCACGCCCCUCAGCCCCGCGCCCCCCUCCACCUCCACCUCCUACAGCACCUUCGACUCCCUCCCCUGGGGUCUUAGUCACUUCCACCACCAGGUGUCUGUGGACGACCGACGGCAGCUCUUUUCGGCGGGCAAGCUAAACGUAGAGACCGGGAUGUCGGCUUACGGCUCCAUCGUUUACCAGAUGAAGGACGCCAACAUGGAGGCGAACAGCACCUGCGAGUUCGUCUACAAGGCGCUCAAGAUCUUUAGCAAGACAGUGCUGAUGACUGUGCUGCUCAUCAUCACAAUAGCCGUGCCGGUGCUGAUGGUGAUCAUUGGCGUGCAGUACCUCCACGAGUGUCCCCUGGAGCCCAACAUCCCAAUUUACCUCCUCGUGGGCGGCUGCUUCGGUACAAUGAAGAUGCUGUGGCUCGUGUGUCAACAGAUACGGUCACGGCGCUACGAGAGGAUUGAUGACGCCCUUCGCCGAGGACAGCCUGGACGAAAUCUUCACCUCGACCAGCUACCGGGCGACCGACGUGGCCCUCACCAUCUUCCUCAUCGUGUGGUUCGGCAUGGGAAACUACUGGGUGUACCGCAUCUAUCCGCCCAACUUCCUCUUCACCCUCUUCGCGCCCAAUGACUGGUGCUCCAAGACGCUGUACCUCUUCGCAGUGGCUCAGCUACUCUUCGUGUACGCCGUGCUCGGGUGUCUGCUGGUGCUGGUGUUCUUCCUCGCCUGCGGCCAGAAAUGUGUCAUGCUGUUCGGUGAGAGCUACAAGUGAGCCAGGGAGAGCCGACGGCGGGCCCGAGAGGCACGGAGGAAGAAGAAGGCGGCGGCGGCGGCGGCAGCAGCGGCGUCUGCUUCAGCUGCUGCAGCAGCCAGCACCCAGCAGCACCAUGACAACCAGCGUAAGGACAGCGAGGGGCGCUGCGACGCGCUCAUGAACGGCCGCCGCUGUGACGACAUGUCGGAGGGGAAGCAGGACACCCGGAGCGAGGGAGGGCUGAGGGUCAUCUCCACCAUGCCGCCACGCAAGAGCAGCAUCGGGGACUACAUGAACCUGUCCAAGCAGAGCGCCAUAUUCCAGAACGCGGACGUUCGCCACAGUCCUCUGUCCUCCCUGGAAGUGCCUGGCAGUGACGACCCCGCCGCCGACGACCACAGCGAAGGGGCGGAGGGCAGGGCGAAGCGUGUUUUGCUCAUGGUGUGAACUGGGCGUGAAGCCUCGCCACUCCCUGCCCCCCGCCCCACUCAAAACUGUCCCUACGCUCUCCGAUGCCUUUCAUUCACUGUGUAGAAAAUACCAAAGUAGCAUUUGUACGUACCAUGAAAACGCCUAUCACUGACUCACGCCACCUCCACUUCUCUCUGUAUAGUUAGCUCGACCCGGAGGCGCCUCGGCCCGCCUCGUCCAAGCCGUGUACAUAGCAGAGCAUAGCGCCGGAGUGCCGCCGCUCUGAGGAGAGGCGGCACACACACCUCGAGGGAGAACCGGCCGCUGGAGAGAGGUAAUGAGCCGACUUUAUUCCCACACCGAGCACCGUGCACGUGUCCUUCCCUUGCGAGUGCUGCCCGAGUACCUUUCACACUGACGACAGGGUGUGAGAAUGCACACGAGUAUUUCUAUAUAGAUGGUCUUUACCUAGCAACGCUCAGCCAGUCUAGGGACAAGUCACACUCCAUCGCUUGGCAGACCUGAUCAAUCCCUCACUGAAUGGUAAUCAAUGUUGAAAUCAAAAUAACGUUUAGAGAAAGCACUACAUACAUACAUGCAUUAAACACAUACAUGCAAACAUACAUACAUAGCUAAACGCCAUGCAACGCGUCACACUGGUGCAGGAGGUUCCAGGCCAUUAGGUCAAUACUUCACGCCUCUCCGCCUCUCCCUCCCCAUCACUAAUCCCCACUCAGCCUCCCUCCCCUCAAAGCCAUCCCACUUGCCCUACCGUUGCCUUUACACUCCUUUUCCUUUCGUGUCUUCUCCUCUAUGCUCACUAUCCUCUCUUCCCUCCCAGCAUUGUAUGUCUCGCUUAAUAUCACAUCGUCCUCCUCCUCCUCCUCCUCCUCCUCCUCUCUACGUAUAUAUCAAGCCUUGCCCGCCCCUCUCCCUCUUCUUUUCUCUUUAAUUCAUCCCUGUCUCGCCUCUCCACCAUCGCUGUUUCCUCCUGUUCUUUAUUUUUUCCACCAACGAAGCACACGUUUAGCCAUGAAUUCAAGGAACGAGAAAGCUUUCCUAUACUCCUUUCCUUCCUCCGCUUUUUCUCCUCCUCCUCCUCCUCCCCCUCCUCCUCCACCAGCAGCCGGACCCUCCCGCGGGAAUUUCAGACUUAAUAAGCAUAAGACUAAAACAUAUCAAAACGUCUUUCCUAACGUUACUUAGAAUAACAGGCAGGCUUUCCUCGUGCAUUUAUUAGCCCAUAAGCGAUGCACACUUGGUCCCCGGUGUUGCAAGGCGGCGGGUCGAACCUUCCCUUGGUGGAGGCGACCAGUCAACACCGCGCGUGCUGACACCGUACGCCAACCAGCGACCCGUGUGUCCUCCCGUUCAGCCAAUGCAAAGCGAGUGUGUCCUCCCGUUCAGCCAAUGAGAAGCAAGUGUGUCCUCCCGUUCAGCCAAUGAGGAGCUAGUGCGUCCUCCCGUUCAGCUAAUGAGGAGCGAGUGUGUCCUCCCGUUCAGCUAAUGAGGAUCGAGUGUGUCCUCCCGUUCAGCCAAUAAGGAGCUAGCAUGUCCUCCUCGACCAAUGAGAAAUUAGUGGGCAUUCCUGCUCCCCUACUUACAAACAAGCAUUCUAUUGUUGUUGUUGUUGUUGUUGAUGAUGUUUUCUUAUUUUUCCAUCAAUUGUGUCAAAGAAGAUAUUUUAUUUUUUCCCAUUUGCACCGGUGGGAAAUAAAUAAGAAUUUGAUCCCCCUAAAUGCCAGAAAA